AUGGCUACACUUGCCUUGUACUACGUUCCUUGAAUGUUUUCUGUUCUGCAACAACUUUUUAUUCUUUCUUUGCAAUCACAACUGAAAGAUUGAUUGCCACGGUUUAUUUCUCAACUUAUGAGAGUUUCAGUUGUCGCUUGGGACAGUUUCUUUCUUUUCUACUGGUUGGGUUUCUUAAGAGUUGGAAAGAAUGAUCUUGAGCUUCAGAUCACGGUUUCGUUUUCCCUGACUUAUUGGCUUUUUUACGACUAUCCAACGGAAAUAGAUAUGACGUAUUGCUCUGUGAUGUCUCCCACGAACUUCACCAGAAUGAACUUCUUCAUGGUAAGUAGCAAUCGAAAAAUUGCCUAAUACCACUGUUUUUCUCUCAGAGUUCUUCCUUAACUGUCGAAAUAUUGGCGGUUAUUAUUUUCAACGGGUUGCUUUACAUAAAUAGAAAACGGAAGUCAGAUACAAGUACUCUGAAACUCGCUGCAAGGUAAAUUCAAAAAAACUUUGAGAGCUGAAAAACGUGAUUUCAGAUAUCAAUUGACUGAAAACAUCAAUACGUUAACAAUGUGUAUUCCCCUUGCUUGUUGUCAUUUCGCUGUGGUUUUCUCAAUUUGCAUCACCUACAAAUUACGCAUAAAGUUCCAGAGCUUCUUCAUGGAUGAUACGACGUUUGAAGUGCGUUUUUUUUUCAAAAAAUUAUAAUGUUCCACGUCCCACGGAACGGUUCUAAAAACUCCCCAUUAAGUUUGGAAGAAAAACCUUCCUGGCCCUUUUUAUGGUUUUUUUUUCUUAGAAAUGUUCAUUAGAGAAAAAGUCUAAGAGAAUAAGGAACCGAAAUUUUGAAAAAAACAUUUUUUGGAAAAGAAAACUGCGAAGAAACUUUCUGAGACUCCUAGGUAGCAUUGAAUUGCCAUCUUCCAAAAAAAUUAAAUUUACCAAGAUCCCACUUCUUUUUAUAGACUUUCUUCUCAAUUUAGAAUAUUUCAUUCUUGGUUUUUGAGUUUUUCAUUUCUCUUUGUUUUGCAUUCAUUUCCGAAAGACUGUUUAGAAAAACAAAAUAAUUUAUUUCAAUCAACCGUGAAAUUCGAACUUUCGGUUUUUUCAGUAGAAAAUAUUUUGCUGCAAUAUCUCAAAAUAUCAAAACUGAGAAGAAUGUAGCAGCCUAAAAAACUCCAUUAAUGAAAACAGACGUCAUGCAUUUUUUUCAUUUUUAAUAGCCAAGGGUGCACUUUAUAACUACGUAGACACAAUAUGCUUUUGACAUAACGUAUUUCCGAAUUUUAUGAAAGUUCAAACGAUGCAAAUGUAGAUCUUUGCUGUCAAGUAAAGGUCUAAACUUCAUUCAACAAAUUUGAAUGUAGCAGCCUAAAAAAAGCUUUUUGAAAACUUCAUAGAAUAGCCAUGUAAAUUGUAACCUUCAAUUCCCUAUUUUUCAAGAUAUCAGAGGCCGGACUGAUUAACAGAAAUUAAGAAAAGCCGACUUUUGAAAAACUUUCAAAAAAAGAACUCAGUUGGCAUUUUGAUGUUCAAAAAUUUAAAUGACUUAGUGAAUCUGGUUUCAAGAACAAUUUGCGACAAGUUCAAUACUUUUCCAGGAACUUGUGAGCCAUGCAGAGAUCUACGGCUGCCUGAUCCCGAUCGUUGGACUCAUCGAAUACAGACUGAUGCAAAAAAGGAAAAGAAGAGUAAUGGCUGGAAAUUUUGUGAACGUCCGCGACCACAUGGAGAAAAUGGAUGCCUUGACGAUUGCCCAUUUCCGGGUUAUGCGAAACGUCUGGAACUAG